AAACGUUGAUUUUAAUAUCACUGUUUUACGGGAGUGACUUGACCUGGACUUAUUAUUUUUCUCGGUUUGACGCAGUCAUGGAUUUCUCAAGCAGAACGAGGUUUUUUGGGAUAUAUCUUCCAAUCAUGCUGCUGAAUUAUUGCUGGGAAGCAGUGAAUGGACAGCUAUCGUAUUCCGUAUCAGAGGAGGUAAACCCGGGGGCUUCUGUUGGAAAUAUCGCCAAGGAUCUCAAUCUAAAUGUCCAGGAUUUAGAGUCUCGUAUGUUUCAGGUCGUUGCCGGAACAAAGAGAAAAUAUUUCGACGUCAAUUUAAAAACUGGUGUUCUUUAUGUCAACGAAAGAAUAGACCGUGAAGGGCUUUGUGCGAAGGCUACAAAAUGUGCUGUCGCUGUAGAGGCUGUGAUAAAUGACCCACUAAAGCUUUACCGUUUCGAGGUAAACAUAGUUGAUGUGAAUGACAAUGCACCUGUUUUCUCUGAGCAAUUGCAGUCACUUAAUAUUGCCGAAAGUACUUUACCAGGAGUGAAAUUUGGACUGAUAGAGGCAUCGGAUUAUGAUGUUGGGAAAAACGAUGUUAACACAUACAAGCUCAGUUACAAUGAUUAUUUUUCUUUAGAAAUUCACAAAGGGGGAGAUAGCGUAUCAGCUGAGUUAUUACUGCAGAAAUCCUUAGAUCGAGAGCAUGACUCUGUAAUAAAACUCACACUAACAGCAGUGGAUGGAGGAAAUCCAUCCCGAUCGGCAACCUCACAAAUCAUUAUCAACGUUUUGGACAGUAACGACAACCACCCGGUUUUCACUAAAUCUUUGUACAAAGUUCAGAUUUUUGAAAACCUACCAGCAGGGUAUACUGUGACCACUCUUAAUGCAACGGACGCUGAUGAAGGUUUAAACAAGGAGAUAGAAUACUCUUUGAGAAAAAAAGGUCAGGAUCGGGUUUUAGACGUAUUUGAAAUUGAUUCUAAAUCAGGUGCAAUUUUAAUCAGAGGUAAGAUCGACUAUGAAGAAAAUCCUGCUUUUGAGAUUCAUGCACAGGCCAGUGACAAAGGGCAGCCUCCGAUGUCUGCUCAUUGUAAGGUGCUGGUAGAAGUGGUUGACCUAAAUGAUAACGCUCCUGAGAUCACUGUGACGUCACUACUGAACACAGUGAAGGAGGACGCAGUGGUAGGAACUGCUAUAGCACUUGUUUCUGUGCUGGACAAAGAUGGUGGGAAAAACGGUGAAGUAAAAGCGGCCAUUGCAAAUGAUGUCCCCUUUAAAUUAGACACAAAUUACAGAAAUUAUUAUUCGUUGGUAGUUAAUGGUCCGCUUGACAGAGAGACUAUAUCCGAGUACAAUGUCGUUAUCGUAGCGACUGAUGGAGGGACUCCGUCUCUCUCCAGCACCAACAUAGUGACAGUGCAUGUGUCUGAUGUUAAUGAUAACCCGCCUCGCUUCUCAGAGCCACUUGUUAAUAUUUAUGUGACAGAAAACAAUCCAGUAGGAGCCGUAAUUAAAACAGUGAGCGCAGUUGAUGUCGACAUCAGUCAAAAUGCCCAGCUGAGAUAUUCCUUUUUACAAAAUAAAAAUGAAUCAGUGCCGUUAUCUACAAUGUUGAACAUUAACUCAGAGACUGGAGAUAUAGUCAGCUUGCAGUCUUUUAACUAUGAGGAGUUAAAAACGUUUCAGUUUAAAGUUCAGGCCACAGACUCUGGUGUUCCUCCUCUCAGCAGCAACGUGACUGUGAACGUUUUAAUUCUGGAUGAAAAUGACAAUAAUCCAACAAUUCUCGCGCCCUAUUCUGAGCACGGCUCCGUUAAGAGUGAGAGCAUACCCUAUUCUGCUGAGGCGGGAUACUUUGUGGCAAAGAUCAGGGCAGUAGAUGCAGACUCUGGUUACAAUGCGCUGCUUUCUUAUCACCUCUCUGAGCCCAAAGGAAACAACUUCUUCCGGAUCGGAACCAGCACCGGAGAAAUCAGGACUAAGAGGAGAAUGAGUGACAAUGACUUGAAAACUCACCCCCUGGUGGUGUUGGUUUCUGAUAAUGGAGAACCCUCCCUGUCAGCUACUGUGUCUAUUGAUGUGGUGGUGGUUGAAAGCACAGCUGACAUCCAGACUCAGUUCAGAAAUGUGCCCAUAAAGGAGGAGAGCUUCUCUGAUUUGAACCUGUAUCUGCUGAUCGCCAUUGUGUCGGUGUCAGUGAUCUUCCUGCUGAGUCUCAUCAGUUUAAUAGCUGUCAAAUGCCACAGGACAGACGGCAGUUUCAGCAGGUACAGCGCCCCAAUGAUCACCACCCACCCUGACGGGAGCUGGUCUUACUCUAAGUCUACUCAGCAGUACGACGUGUGUUUUAGCUCAGACACAAUGAAAAGUGAUGUAGUGGUUUUCCCCGGACCGUUUCCGCCUGUAGAUGGUGAACUGAUCAGUAUUAACGGAGGAGACACUUUUACCACAACUCAAACUUUACCCAACAAAGACAAGGUAAGCAAUUCAAUUCAUAAAGUCGUUGCUGUAGGUGAUCUUUUGAUAGAAAAAAUGGCUACGAUAUGUCGUGGUUUUAACUAAGUCAGUUUAGAGACAUGUGUGCUAAGGGUCAUGACAUUUACACGGACUCUCUUUUUAAUUAA